CUAAUAAUUUGACGUAAGAAGGUUAAACAGUAUCUUAUUGGAUAUAGUCGGCCAAUCGCAGUAAAGAAGGCGGGGUUUGUUGAAAACGGGUAGGAGAGAAAAAAAUAAGACGAAUAGCUGUAUGUUCGCCGGUGGAGCGGUUGCGUGAGUCUCCACGUAUUUGUUCAUAAGAAGACGGUUUUAUCUUUUAUUUUAUUCUGAUUGUGUGGUUCAAUAAAGGAGUCAGGAAUUGUUAAGACGUGUUUAAAUCUCGGAGUGACCGGUUCUACGUCGUGAUAUCAAUUGUUUUGGAUUAAACCGAUCUGCUUUUUGUGGGGGACAGAAAACACGUCCUGUCUGUAGUGUGAAGUAAGAAGCGGAUAGAGGUGUGGAUUAAAAAGAACUGCUGCGAUGAGCAAUUUGGACCCGGUGGAUCGAGUCGAGCUGUGUGAGAGUCUCCUAACAUGGAUACAGACGUUUGGUGUGGAAGCGCCGUGCAAAACAGUGGAAGAUCUAACGAGUGGUGUGGUCAUGGCUCAAGUGCUGCAGAAAAUAGACCUAGUGUACUUCAGCGACAGCUGGAUAAGCCGCAUCAAGCCCGAAGUGGGUGAUAAUUGGAGGUUAAAGAUCAGCAACCUAAAGAAAAUAUUAAAAGGGAUUUUGGAUUAUAACCAUGAGAUCCUGGGACAGCAGAUUAAUGACUUUACCCUACCUGAUGUGAAUCUGAUCGGAGAACACUCAGACGCAGCCGAGCUCGGCCGAAUGCUGCAGCUCAUACUUGGCUGCGCCGUCAACUGUGAACAGAAGCAAGAGUACAUCCAGACCAUCAUGAUGAUGGAGGAGUCGGUGCAGCAUGUCGUCAUGACGGCCAUUCAGGAGCUUAUGAGCAAAGAGACACCGGUUUCAACAGGAAAUGACUCCUACGCUGAUCUGGACAGACAGCUGAAGAAGACCGUGGAGGAGCUGAACGAUGCUCUGGCUUCUAAAGAGGAGAUCGCUCAGCGCUGCCAUGAGCUGGACAUGCAGGUGGCAGCUCUGCAGGAGGAGAAGAGCAGCCUGCUUGCUGAGAAUCAGGUCCUGAUGGAACGUCUCAACCAGUCCGACUCCAUCGAGGACCUGAACAGCCCGGCCGGGAGGCGGCACCUUCAGCUACAGGCACAGCUGGAGCAGCUGCAGGAGGAGACGUUCAGGUUGGAGGCGGCUAAAGACGACUACCGUAUCCGCUGUGAAGAGCUGGAGAAAGAGCUCCUGGAGGUCAGAGGUCAAAAUGAAGAGCUGACGUCUCUGGCUGAUGAAGCUCAGUCACUCAAAGACGAAAUGGACGUCCUGAGACACUCGUCUGAUAAGGUGGCUAAGUUGGAGGCGCAGGUGGAGUCAUAUAAGAAGAAGCUGGAGGAUCUGGGGGACCUGCGCAGGCAGGUGAAGCUGCUGGAGGAGAAGAACACCAGCUACAUGCAGAACACCGUCAGCCUGGAGGAGGAGCUACGCAAAGCUAACACCGCCCGUGCCCAGCUGGAGACCUACAAGAGACAGGUGGUCGAGCUUCAGAACCGGUUGUCCGAGGAAUCCAAGAAAGCCGACAAGAUGGAGUUUGAGAGCAAGCGACUGAAAGAGAAGGUGGAUUCGCUUCAGAAGGAAAAAGACCGGAUGAGGACGGAGCGCGACUCUUUGAAGGAGACAAUAGAGGAGCUGCGGUGUGUUCAGGCUCAGGAGGGUCAGCUCACCUCAGGUUUGGUACCACUGGGCAGCAGCGAGGCCUCGGAUUCGCUUGCAGCUGAAAUCGUGACCCCAGAGAUCCGGGAGCGGUUGAUUCGUCUGCAGCACGAGAACAAGAUGCUGAAGCUGAAUCAGGAGGGAUCGGACAACGAGCAGAUCGCGCUUCUCAAGAGUCUGCUGGAGGACGCAAAUGCCAGGAAGAACGAGCUGGAGACGGAGAACAGGUUGGUGAAUCAGAGGCUCAUGGCAGGUCAGAGUCAGGUGGAGGAGCUUCAGAAGAGCUUACAGGAGCAGGGCUCUAAAGCAGACGACUCGGUUCUACUAAAGCGGAAGUGCGAGGAACAUUUAGAGAAAUUGAGAGAUGCCACCAACGAGCUGCAGAAAAAGAGCGCCAUCAUCGAGGACCUGGAGCCCAAAUAUAACACCAGUGCUCAGAGGAUUGAGGAUCUGGAGGAGGCUCUGAAGAAGAAGGACGACGAGAUGAAGCAGAUGGAAGAGAGAUAUAAGAAAUAUCUGGAGAAAGCAAAGAGUGUCAUUAGGACAUUGGACCCUAAACAGAACCAGGGUUCAGCUCCUGAGGUUCAGGCCCUGAAGAACCAGCUACAGGAGAAGGAGAGGAUGUUGCACUCACUGGAGAAAGAGUACGACAAGGCAAAGUGUCAGCGAGAUCAUGAGGAGAAACUCAUUGUAUCUGCCUGGUACAAUAUGGGCAUGGCUCUCCAGAAGAAAGCAGCAGAGGACCGUUUAGCCAGCACAGGAUCAGGUCAAUCAUUCCUGGCACGCCAGAGACAAGCCACCAGCACAAGGCGCUCGUAUCCAGGCCACGUGCAGCCUGCCACAGCCAGUGAUGUAAAGGCAUGAGCGUCCGGUCGAGGCGGCGCGGCUGCAUGAUGCAUGAUUUUGCGAUUGAAUAACACCUCAACACACACUAACACCUCCCUCACGGGCCUUUCGCCUCCAGUCCAGGUUCAUCAGCAUUCACGUGUUGCGUUCCUAAACCUCUGCUAUCCCAGCAUGCACCUGUCUGUUGGUUGGGCCUGGAGGUUACUGGGGAGUGAUAUAAGUAUUACGAUGUUUUGAAUUAGGACACAGGCUGGUGAAGUGUCUCUAGGUCAAAAAAAAUCCUUUUUCUUUUGAAUAUUUAUUAGAAUUAUUUCUAAUUCGAA